CUUGCCUUCACCAUCUUCCUCACUGAGCUCCGAAAACGAUGAGGAAGAAGAUCCAAGUCUAGACACUGUCCCAGGAACGACAACUCUCUCCCAACAAAGCAGGCAGUUUUCCAACAAGAAGCCUCCCUUUUCCUAUGUGGCUCUCAUCACCAUGGCCGUCGAGAGUUCCACAACAGGCAUGAUGACUCUCAACGACAUCUACAACUACAUCGUCAAGAGAUUCCCUUACUACCAAGACAACCAACGAAGAUGGCAAAACUCCAUCAGACACAACCUCUCCCUCAAUGACUGUUUCGUCAAGGUACCCCGACCCCCAGGGAAACCAGGCAAGGGUAACCUGUGGGCUCUGCAUCCUUCUUGUGGGGACAUGUUCGGCAACGGCAGUUUCCUUCGUCGUUCUAAACGUUUCAAGUCAGGAGACAAACAGCGACAAGAUGAAGCCACCGUCCAACGGCUCAAUUUCUAUGGCCAUUCAGGUUUCUAUGAUCGUCAAUCGCCAUACCAAGGUUUCAACCCCGUGAGCCUUGUCCAUUUACCCUCGGGACUGACCCAGACACACCCCUACAGCACAAUAGGCAAACCGGACCCCUGUAUCUCGACCAUGGGAUCUCCUACAGGCUACUCUCCUCCUACAGCCGGCUACUACAACGCCAGCAGCAUCAACAGUUCUCUGACCGGCUCCCCUCUCUCCAGCUCUCCAUCAGGAAGCUCGCCCCUGGGUAGGGCGUACAUGCCUCCAGGGAGCUGCCCAAGAUCCACUAUUGAUGAAAACCUCCAUUACUGUGUGUCCCCACAUCCACGACAGUCAUUCAGUGCCGUACCCUCCUUCAGAAACCUGCAACAACAUCCCUGA